AUGCCUCCCGAAAAAGGACACGAUACAAAAAACGUAAUAGUUUCAGAUAAAGUUUCCAUGUCAAAUCAAAUGUGGGUAGAGAAGUAUCGACCAAAAUCACUGGACGAAAUUGCGGCUCAUGCCGAUAUAGUUGCAACUAUUCGUCAAUUAACACACGACAAGAAGUUACCGCAUUUACUAUUAUAUGGUCCACCAGGUACAGGAAAGACAAGUAUAAUUCUUGCCUUGGCUCGUGAACUUUAUUCAACUUCAUUCACUCAAAUGGCUCUAGAAUUGAACGCUUCAGAUGAACGAGGUAUUGACGUAGUCCGUGAGGAAAUCCAAGCCUUUGCAAGUACGUUAAGGGCUUCUUCAUUUGGCUUCAAACUAGUGAUUCUUGACGAGAGUGACUCAAUGACCAAAGAUGCUCAGUUUGCUCUUCGGAGAAUUAUAGAGAGAUACACAAAAUAUACGCGUUUUUGUUUGAUAUGCAAUUUUCCUUCGAAAAUAAUUCCGGCUCUUCAGUCCCGGUGUACGAAGUUUCGUCUUGAGGCACUUCAAUUUGAAGAUAUUAGAAACAAAAUUCAGCUGGUUUCCUCUGCAGAAAAUUUAAAAAUCACUGAAGAAGGAAUACUGGCAGUAUGUAGAGUUGGCUGCGGGGAUAUGCGAAAAUCCUUAAAUAUUUUACAAAGCGCACAUCUUGCUAGUAAAGAUGUAAUUGAUGAGGAUUUAGUCUAUGCCGUUACUGGUAAACCUUUACCAGUAAAUAUGGGAAACCUCUGUGACUCUUUACUUACACUUCCUUUCAAGGAGGCAGUCAUAGUACUGGUUGAACGAAAGAUAAUUGAAGGGUUGACACUAUCAGACAUAGUCGAAGCCAUGAUGGCGUAUGUCUCCCAACUACACAUAUCUUCUUUUUUCAGAACGGAAUUUCUAAGGCAACUCAGUGAGAUUGAUCGCUGUAUGACUUGUUGUAUGGGUGAACGCAUACAGCUAUUAACUAUCGUAUCCAUAUUUUCGAAGCUAAAAUCUCAAAUAAAUCAAUGA